AUGGGUUCAAUCGCCGUUACCGAUUCUUUGUUCGAGGCCGUUCGCCUGGGAAGUCUUUCCCUUAAGCAUCGUGUUGUUCUGGCACCAUGCACACGAAUGAGAGCAACAAAGGAGUCAGAGGGCGUAUUUGUCCCGACCGAUCUGAAUGUGGAAUAUUAUUCGCAAAGAGCCUCGGACGGAGGAUUUUUGUUGACAGAAGCGACUCCGAUCAGCAGAUACGCCGCUGGAUACCCAGGAGUCGCUGGAAUUUUCACAGAAUCCCAGAUCGCAGGGUGGAAAAAGGUCACUGAUGCCGUGCAUGCCAAAGGCGGAUACAUCUACUGUCAGUUGUGGCAUGUUGGCCGAGCCACUGUUCCCUCCUUCUUGGAAGGAAAGCAAGCUCUCGGGGCUAGUGACAUCCCUAUCAGCGGAAAUGCAUUGGAUGGUACUGAAUACGCGACAUCUCCACCCAGGGCCAUGACAGUGGAGGAGAUCAAGGAAACGGUUCAGGAAUAUGCUAGCGCCGCGCAGCGGGCUCGCGAAGCAGGAUUUGAUGGAGUCGAGAUCCACGGCGCGAACGGAUAUUUGCUGGAUCAAUUCCUCCACGACAAUGUCAACAACCGCACCGAUGAAUACGGCGGCACAAUCGAAAAGAGAUCUCGGAUCAUCCUCGAGGUCAUCCAGGCCGUAACUGCUGCCAUUGGCGCUGAUCGAGUUGGAAUCCGGCUGUCACCCUACAAUUAUUUCCAAGAUACACGCGACUCCAACCCCAGCGUGAACUGGCAAAGAUUGUGUUCUCUGAUCGCUGGACUGCCCGCAGAGUCUCGACCUUCUUAUGUACACAUGAUCGAGCCUCGCUUCGAUGAAGUUUUGGAGGAAGAUGCGAAGAUCGACUCACUUGCCUCGGAAAAGCCAUCACUGGACGCAUUCCGGCCUACAUUGAAGAAAGGGGGUAUUUCAUUCCUUGCGGCCGGAAACUUCAACCCCGAGAAUGCGGGAGUUAAGCUGGCUGCCGAUGGAGCCGAUGCCAUUGUGUUCGGUCGUUACUUCAUUUCAAACCCGGACUUGCCUCGUCGCUUGAAGGAAGGCUUGCCCUUGACUCCUUAUGAUCGCACGACGUUCUAUGGCGCCGACCCCGCUGAAAAGGGGUACACCGACUAUCCCUUCUACAAGACUGAAUAG